GAGAAGACGCGAAACGAGACAACUAACAAGGGAACGGAACGGACUGUAGAUCUAUACAUGUUGAUGUAUAUAUACAAAAGUGAAAAGUUUAACUUUCUCUCUCUGUGAGUCGAAUACACUGUCGCCGUAAGCGUCCUUCCUCCAUGUAGUAUAUGCUCUAAGGUGUCAACACGCAUGUAAUCUAUAUGUAUGCAUAUUAUUUACUUAGAUAAUAAUUGAAAUAAAUAGAUUAUUUUAAAUAGUGAUAAAUAGUGCAUAAUGAAGAGGUAUAAGCAAUAUUUAUUUGAUGGAGAUCCAGCUAUUAUACGCGUACAGCUGAACGCCAUAAUCUUGAUCUGAAUACAUCAGAUACUGAAGUGUAGCAGGUAGAGACAGAAGAAAAUGAUUUAAUGGAUAUAGAGCAGGAUACUUUUAUCAAUACUGAUGCUCAGUCUACAGUUAUAGAGGAUAUUAAUGUAGAAAAUAUCUAUGAUGGAGACGUAGAAGAUACAACGUACGGCACAACUGAAUGGAAUUGGAGAAUCGAACUAUCUAAAAUAAUUCUGAACAAUGAAUUGAAUAAUAUAUAUGGCAAGAUCGGUAAUUUGAAGGAGUUUAUUGAGCAUAAAGCUUUUUUUGAAAAAAUUUCAACAACAAUGAACAAAAGUAGAGGAGAAAUUUUUUUAAUGAUUUUGAAAUUUAGUAUUUCUAAUGAGUUAUCUUUCUCUGGCUUGAUAAAUUUAUUCAAGCUCAUUAAUAGUAUGUUUGAGACUCCUAUAUUACCAGAUUCGCGACAUAUUAUUGAUAAACUUGUCAAUCCGAAAGAGGGUGUGGAAUAUCACGUUGUUUGUCAGGAAUGUUCAGUAUAUUUAGGAAAAAUUGGAGAUAUACCAUCUAGUAGUAUUUGUAAUGUCUGCAAUUCUACAAUUAAUCUUAAGAAUAAUACCGAUUCAACCUUUUUUACCUUAAUAAACCCGGCACAACAAAUUUCGGAUCUUAUAAGUAAUCAUGAGGAUUAUUUUUAUUAUGUAACGAAUCAAAGAGUGCAUAAGCAAGGGCAUAUUAGUGAUGUUUAUGAUGGUAAAAAAUAUACUGAGUUCGUUAAAUCGUUACCAAAUGAAGAGAAAGAUAAUUAUGUUACUGCAGUAUUUAAUACUGACGGAGCCCCGAAAUUUAAGUGCUCUCAGUAUUCUAUUUGGCCACUGUAUCUGAUGAUCAACGAACUACCGAAAGAAAUUAGAACAAAUAAACUAGUAGUAUGCGGAUUACUGUUUACUAAUAAAAAACCAAACAUGACAGUAUUUUUAGAUAAAUUUGUAGAUCUUGUUAAUAAAUGUCGAGUUCCUAUUAAAAUAAAAAAUGAACAACGAACUCUGAAAAUUUAUGUACAGACAUGUUGUGUUGAUGCUGUUGCCCGAGCUCCCGUUCAAGGCUUAACUCAGUACAAUGGUAAAUAUGGAUGUAAUUGGUGCUUACAUCCCGGAGAAUAUCAUGGAAUUAUGAAAUAUCCAUUAAUGAAUGCACCAAUAGAACUUCGAAAUCACAAUGAUACUGUGUCUCUCAUGUUAGAAGCGGUUCCGGGGAAACCCCCGGUCUUCGGAGUAAAGAACCCUUCACCUCUUAUUAACCUACCGAAAUUCGACAUCAUUGAAGGAUUUACUCCCGAUUAUAUGCAUAUGGCAUUAGAAGGUGUUGCAAAGCAAUUAACUUCUUAUCAUUUGGACGUUUUGAGCGACGAUGUUAUUAAAGCUCUUGAUAACAAAAUGAACAUGAUAACUAUUCCUCAGCAAGCUUCUCGUUAUUGUAGAAGAUUAAGUUGUCGAAAAGAUUGGAAGGCCCGGGAAUGGGAAAAUUUCGUCUUGUACUAUAGUAUUGUUAUUUUUCCAUCUAUCUUGAGCAGAAAAGCUAUGCAGCACUGGUUACUAUUUGUUGAAGCCUUAUAUAUAUUAUUGAAAGAUAAUAUUCAUAUUGACGAAUUAAAUAAAGCUGACGAAAUGUUACAUCAAUUUGUAGGUGAAGUCCAAGAAAUAUACAAUGUGAAAGCCAUGACAUAUAAUGUACAUAUUUUGUUACAUGCAAGCAAAAGUGUAUUGAAUUGGGGACCUCUGUGGACGAAUUCCACGUUUAGCUUCGAAUCGGCUAAUCAGCACCUCUUAAAAGCUAUUAAGUGUGCUAAAGGUGUAUCGCAUCAAGUUGCAAGGUUCAUAAACGUCUGCCACAGUUGUUCCGUAGUAGAAGAAAAAGUUAUUCAUCAAGCUGACGAUGAUGUUGUAAAAUAUUGUAAUGAUAUUCUAUUAAGAAAUGUCCAAAAUGUUCAUUUAUCUAAUAGUAACAUAUUAUAUUUUAAUCGAUAUAAAGCAGAUGAUAAACUGUUGCAUUUAUUACACUUAUCUACACAUUCUACUGAAUUCUUCUAUAAAAUGGUUAAAAAUCAUUGUCUGUAUGAAUCACAUCUGAUAUCAAAAACUCGUUCAAACAACUCAUUUGCAUUGCUGAAGGACGGGCAAUUUAUACGUAUUGUUGCCUUUAUAGAUGAUAUCUCUGAUGGUAUUGAAUUAACAGUAUGCAAUUAUGUACAGACUAAAAACUGUUUUACAAGGGCCUACAAAGCAUGUCAAGUAAUAGAAAGAAUUCACGAGGAAAAUAUAGCUAUACCCACUAGUAGCAUCGAGAAAAUAGUAGUUUAUAUGAAUGUAGACAAGAUGUACUUAUGUCCUAUGCCAAACUUAUUACAUUACUGAAUAAAUAUGUAAUAUUCUAAAUAUUUUGAUACACUACUAUGCAUAUUGUUAUAAUAAAAGAUUCAUUAAAGUAAUUCUUAGAGUAA